AUGACGUCCACCGACACCGCCUACCAGCUCUCGCCCGACACCGCAUCCUCUCUCGUCGAAAAGCUCAUUCACAAGCUGCUCCACAACGAUGACACCUCUGGCGAGUUCCUGCUUCCUCUACCCGACGGUCGCGUCAUCGACACCAAAGGAUGGUCCGGUUGGGAAUGGACGCACGGCAUCGCCCUCUACGCGCUCUUCGAACACCACCUGCUCACCGCCUCCUCCUCUUCGCUUCACAUCAUCCACGAUUGGUUCCGCGACCGAUUCGCUGAAGGCGGUACCACCAAGAACAUCAACACCAUGGCGGCGCUCCUCUCGCUCGCUUUCCUCUACGAAUCCUCCCCCACGUCUCACCCGGAAUACAAGCAGCAUCUGAUCGAAUGGGCGGAGUGGGUGACGAACGACCUACCCCGGACGGAGGAAGGUGGCUUUCAACACAUCACGUACGAGCUCGAGAACAAGGGUCAGCUGUGGGACGAUACGCUGAUGAUGACGGUGCUGCCGUUGGCAAAGAUCGGGAAAGUGUUGGGAGUGGAGAGGUACGUGGAGGAGGCCAAGUAUCAGUUUUGCGUGCACAUCAAGUAUCUGUACGAUGCAAAGACGGGAUUGUGGUUUCACGGGUGGACAUUUGAAGGAAGACAUCACUUUGCGGAGGCGCAUUGGGCUAGGGGAAAUUGCUGGAUCACGUUGGCGAUCCCACUGCUGUUCCACAUUUUGGGCGAGGAGGAUGACGAUCUGAAGGAUCGAGAUUCUUUCUUUGCAAGACACUUGGUGGGGACACUGGAAGCGCAGUUGGACGCAUUGGUUCCGCUGCAAGAUGAGAAAACGGGAUUGUGGCAUACACUGCUCAGGUACAAGGACUCGUACGUCGAGUCUUCGGCCACGGCCGGAUUUGCAGCUGGAACAUUUUUGGCGUUGAGGUUUGGGUUGAUCAAGGAUGACACGAAGAAGAGCAAAUACAGCAAGAUGGCGGAUCAGGCGUUGAAAGGUGUGGUGGGGAUGAUUGCCGAAGAUGGACAGGUGCAACAGACUUCAUUCGGCACUGCCAUGGGCCACGAUUUGGACUUCUACAGAAACAUCGCCAUCACACCCAUGCCGUACGGCCAGGCACUCGCACUCUUGGCCAUCGUCGAGAAGAUGGCGCUAAGUCAAACAGCUGCUGGCUAG